GUCACCAACCACGAUUUGCUAUUUUUAUUACCUACAUUAUGAAAUGGAUCUUAUUGGAGUAUAAAACUAUUGGUAUUUUCCGGUUCUACAAUUAAAUCCUAUUAAUGUCUGUGAAUUCGUUUACCAUUAGUUAAUGCGAGUCAAAGUGGCGAACCUUUUUAUUGCCAGCAGUAUUGAUCAACAUCAGAUACAGGUGUGACACAGGUACGAUCAGAGUUAUCUGUUGUUUUUACAAAUUUUACAAGGAAAUAGAUUUUAAGGAUCUAAUAGUAAAUCAACAACUAGAAUGAUCAGUACAGGAUAAACAAUUAGCCUUGUAAAACGUAUUUUAAACAUAGUGGACUUAAAUGCUUCAUACGAGUGUUGACAUUAAAAUCUGAUUGAAAAUAUAUUUGUGCAGUUAAACCUUUUUUUCCGAGAAAUAUAUGUCUUGAUAUUCUAAAACUUUGAAUUUUUGACAAUAUACAAAUGUCGGCUGAGCCAGAGUCGUCCGUGGAACCGGAGGCAGAAUACACAUUGUCAGAAUCAGAACCAGAGACAACUGUAGAACCUGAAGUGGAACCCGAAUCUUUACUGCCCGAAAGUUUCAUAUUAUUCAACAGCGAGCCUCAAGCAGAAUCGUGGCCAGAACCAGAACCAGAAUGGAAUUCUGCAUUUAAAGAAUGGGGCGUUGCAUGGCCGUUACAUGUUUAUAUUUUUGGACUGUGUUACGUUUUAGCGGUAGUGUUUUCAGCCAUCUGUAUAGCUGCAUUACUGAAGUCUGUGAAAGCUGGAAAAGGAAAACUGACUUUAUCUUUACUUCUCAUGGUGAUAUUUUUCAGCACAACCCGGACGGUAUCACUUUUUACCGAACCUUAUUAUGCUUAUAACAACAUCCCCUUUCUCACAGCCAGAAUAAUGUGGUCAGUUGGUUUACCUUUCUUAACUUCCUCAUUCAGCUUAGUAUUUUUAGUUUUACUGGACACUACGAAGAUGGACAUAGGACCACCGAAAUUUCAGAAAUUUUCAGCUAUUUUGAUUAUUACUGCAGUCCACUUGGUAAUAGUUGUAACUUCUGAUUUUGUUGUUUUCUAUGAAGCCUCUGCAAAAGUUAUGCUGGUUCUUUGCCAGAUCGUGUUUUUAGCCUAUGGAUUUUCACUCGCUGUUGGAUAUUUUUAUGUGGGGUUUAAAAUGAGACAAAACUGUUCAGCUGGCAGUAUGCACGAAUCAAGCACGAUUAAACGGUUGAUAGUUUUAUGUUUCGUAUCAUCAGCGACGUCGGUAGCCAUCGUUGGAACCCAUAUCUACAGUGCUGUUGGUGUAUUUGGUGUUUACAGCAAUAAUAACAAAGUUGAUGCUUGGCCAUGGUGGAUUCUACAGACAUGUCUAAGGAUAGAAGAACUUGUAUCAGUGUGUGUUGUUUUAACAAUUGCUUCGAAUUCGGGACAUCUAAAACAACUUUUUGGUCGCUGUGGUUCGGUUGUUGGGCAUUGUUUUCGUGGUCGAAAUCAGGUUCAAGAAAUUUCUAUUCAAUCGGAGUUUAAUAAGAAUUGUAAUUUGACCAAAGACGAAACAAUGACAAAGUCUGAGUUUUAUUCGGAAAAGUUGUAAAGAUGAUGUUGACCCCUUGAUACUUACUUCUUUUUUUUUCUAAAUCAUAUUUAAUCAAAUCGAAUGCACCCAAUAUAAACUAUGAUUUUUUUUUAUGACAAAAUUUAUAAAUUGAAAACUAUUUAAAACUAUUUGCUAUUCAUAAUAAAUAGUAACAUGAGUAAGUAUAAUGAACUAUAAUAAAUUUAACUUAUAUAUAACAAAAAACAAGACAGAAACAGAAUAUUAAAGCACCGUUAAAGAAAUUAAAAUAGUGUUAAUUGUAAAAUACAACUUAGCAUUCCCAUUUUAUUAAAAAAAAACUGUUUUCAUUUCAUCU